AUGCAGUUUUACGUUAUUGAAACAGUCCGAGUUGGUCAAAUCCUUACCAAAUCUCAUAGUGAAGAGACUCGAGAGUCUCGUAUAAUAAAAUAUUUUUUUGUGCAUAAUACUAGUCAUCUUGAGGGAAUGGAAGAAGGUUUGGCAAGAGCGAGAGCUGCCAUUCAAGAAGCGGUUCGAAUACAGAGAUACAUUUCACACAAGAAUGAGAGUUUCAUACCCAGAGGAUCAAUUUACAAAAACCCUUAUGCCUUUCAUCAGUUAUGA